UCAUAUAGGUGCAAAAUUGAAAUCAAUUUUUAACUAACCUUCAUUGUCUAAAAAUAAAUUAUAAAAUUUUAACUUGCCUAACCCGUUUCAUUAUAAUACUUUGUUUUGAACAUAUAAUAAGUACACUCUCCAUCUUGUGAUCAAUACAUACUCCUCAUUUACUUUUUUUUUCUUUGACUAAACUAUAUAUAUACACAUAUUCUCAUUUUUAUAUAUCAUAAUUAUUAGGUUUUCAACCUAGAGAGAUUAAUGGCUUAUUAUGAAACUAAAUCAUGGUGUGUUUUGCAUCUUGUUCUCUUGGCUGCAUGCUACAUGCAAAAUUGUGUCCAUGGAGAAUUAACUCACGUGCCUUGCCUUUUUAUAUUUGGCGACUCCUUGUCUGACAGUGGAAACAACAACAAUCUUCGGACCACUGCGAAACCGAAUUACAAACCAUAUGGCAUCGACUUCCCUAAAGGUCCGACAGGAAGAUUUACCAAUGGACGAACAACAAUUGACAUAAUUGGUCAACAACUUGGGUUCAAGAAAUUCAUUCCACCAUUUGCAAACACUAUUGGCUCAGACAUAUUUAAAGGUGUUAAUUAUGCAUCUGGUGCAGCUGGAAUUCGCAAAGAGACCGGGAAACGUAAUUUGGUAUUGCAUGGUGCUAAUAUCGCCUUGGGAUCACAGAUAAAAAACCAUAAAACCAUAAUUUCCAGAAUUGCUACCAAACUUGGAGGUUUGCCACAAGCCAAACAUUAUCUGAAUAAGUGCUUGUAUUAUAUUAAUAUAGGCAGCAACGAUUAUAUAAACAAUUAUUACCAGCCUCAACACUAUUCAACAAGUCACAUUUAUAAUUCUGAGCAGUAUGCUCAAGUUCUUAUCAACCAAUUAUCCCUUUAUAUUGAGGCUUUGCAUAAUGUUGGGGCAAGAAAACUUGUGCUAGUUGGACUAGGCCAAAUAGGUUGCACUCCACAUGCCAUUGCUACUAAUGGGAUAAAUGGAUUAUGCGCUCAAAAGCAGAAUAAUGAUGCAUUGAUUUUUAGUCACAAGCUUAGAUCUCUAGUAGACAAAUUCAAUAUCCAACAUCUUGAUUCCAAAUCUAUUUUCAUAAAUAGUACCGCCGGCACCCUAGACAGUUCACUUGGUUUUAAAGUUGCGAAUGCUCCUUGUUGUCCAGUGAGGUCAGAUGGGAUGUGUGUUCGUGAUUCAACACCAUGCAUGAAUAGAAAUGAGUACAUUUUUUAUGAUGGAUUUCAUCCCACAUCAGCUGUGAAUAAUUUAACCGCGUUAAGUUUGUAUGACAGUGCUUCUAAUCCAGAGACGACUUAUCCAAUGGAUAUCAAACGUCUUGUUCAACAUACCAUUGUAUAAACGUGUGUUUGUGAUUAUUUUUCAACUGUACGAAGGUGUGUGAUUUAAUGAUAAUGUGAAAUUCUGUCUUGAUCAUGUGUAUGUCAAAUAAAUUUCCAAAUAUAUUAGGAAUAAAUUUUGAAGUU